AUGGAGGAUGGGGGUAGUGUCAAAGCAGGCAGUGCUAUUAUGAGUAGUUUCAGGAUUGGGAGUUCAUCAGUUUGGAGUAACAGUGGUGUGGAAAUCUUUGCAAACUCUUUCCACCAGGAAGAUGAUGAAGAGGCUCUUAAAUGGGCUGCUAUUCAGAAACUUCCUACGUUUGCACGUUUGAGGACAGGCUUGCUGACUUCGCCGGAAGGGGUUGCCAAUGAGAUCGAUGUUCAUCAACUUGGGUUGCAAGAAAGGAGAGGUUUGCUUGAGAGACUCGUCAGAGUUGCUGAAGAGGACAAUGAGAAGUUCAUGCUCAAGCUCAGGGACCGCAUUGAUAGAGUUGGAAUUGCCCUUCCUACAAUAGAGGUCCGAUUUGAGAACAUGAACGUUGGAGCAGAAGUUCAUGUAGGUAGUAGAGCUUUGCCUACCUUCACUAACUACAUGGUUAAUAAAGUAGAGGGGCUGUUGAACUUCCUUCAUGUACUCCCAAGUAGAAAGCAACAUAUAAAUAUUAUCCAGAAUGUUAGUGGAAUAAUAAGGCCAGCCAGAAUGACAUUGCUUUUGGGUCCUCCAAGUUCUGGGAAGACCACACUCCUGUUGGCCUUGGCUGGAAGACUUGAUUCAGAACUAAAGUUCACUGGAAAGGUGACUUACAAUGGUCAUGGAAUGAAUGAAUUUGUACCCCAACGAACGGCUGCUUAUGUCAGUCAAAAUGAUCUUCAUAUUGGAGAAAUGACAGUCAGAGAAACCUUGGCCUUCUCGGCGCGAGUUCAAGGAGUUGGACCUCGUUAUGAUUUGCUAACAGAGGUGUCCAGAAGAGAAAAAGAAGCAAAUAUCACACCUGAUCCAGAUAUAGAUGUCUAUAUGAAGUGUUUACAGCAAGUGCUUAAAUACUAA